CUCAGUCAGCGCGGUCAUCGCUUCUGAUUCGCGAUUGCCAAGUGCGGACGGAUCUUCUGCUCAUCUUGACACACCCUCAUUUUGGCGCUCGCAACUUUUGCCACAUGACACGACACCCGCCGCCGCCGCCUUCGCCUUGACCUUGACCUUGCUUGCUACACAUUUCCGCCGACUGACACAGCGUUGUUCGAUCAUGGAAAUGCUUGCCUCUGCGUCUGCUGGCUGCUCACACUCUUGCUCUGCACACCGUUAGCACGCCAACAGCCCCCCGGCGCACCUCGAGAGCAGCACGUAACGCGCGCUGGCGCGUGUUCCUUGCGCCUCAUUGACCGUUGCUUUCGUGGCAAUCAUGGACACUUGCACGACACAGCAAGAGGCGAUCGCCAUUGUAGGCAUUGCAUGCGAGUUCCCCUCCGGCAGGCACUCUGACCGAAAUCUGGAUGCAAACGCUUAUUGGAGCUUCCUGCGCGAAGGCAAGACUGCCUACGAGGAUAUCCCAAAUGCGCGCUUCAACGCCUCGGAAUGGCAUGGCAAGGGACCUGGCAAGGUCAUCACAUCGACGGCUUGCAUCAUGAAGCAUGCCGAGAUGUUCGAUGCCGUCCAAUUUCACGUAUCUCCUGCCGAUGCCAGGGCGAUGACGGUCAGCACGCGCAAGCUCAUCGAGCUCAGUCACGUCGCGCUGCAGGAUGCUGGCAUCGAGCAUCGUGCAAGACCGGUGGGCGUGUACGCCGCUGGCGUCACCUACGACAUUCUCGCCAAUUCUGACCACGACGAAUUCGAUGCUGCCGGAAGCGUUGCUGGCUACCCGAAUGCUAUCGCGAAUAGGAUCUCCUUGGCACUCGACCUGCAUGGCCCGUCCAUUCCCAUCGACAAUGCCUGCUCCAGCACACUCACGGCCCUGCACCUGGCUGUGCAGGGUUUGCGCUCUGGCGAUUGCGAGAGCGCACUGGUUGCUGGCUGUCAAUUCAACUCUCGGAUCGAGGAGUUCAUACAGCUCACGCAAGCGCAAGUGCUGUCGCCGGACGGCAUGUGCAAGCCAUUCGAUGCAGAUGCAGACGGCUUUGGCAAAUCUGAUGGAGCAGCAGUUGUCUGUCUGAAGCCCUUGUCUGCAGCAAUCAGGGACGGCGAUCACGUCUAUGCCCAAAUCCUUGGAAGCGCAUUGACCACCAAUGGGGCUGCAGUCACAGUCAACGCCCCCUCUGCAGCUCAUCAGAAGGCAGCGAUAGAGCGAGCAUACUUGCAAGCUGGUCGCGAUCCGGCCGAGUGUGAUUACGCAGAGCUGCACGCGACGGGCACAGCUGUGGGCGAUCCGAUCGAAGCGAAUGCCGUGGGAGAAAUGUUGGGAAGAAAUAGGAUGGGAAGACCGCUGGUGCUUGGCAGUGUCAAGGGGAACAUGGGACAUUUGGAGAACACGGCAUUCUUGGCGUCGCUGCUCAAGUGCAUCUACAUGCUAAGAGACCGCGUCAUUCCACCUCAGGCCAAUCUGAAGAGGCUGAACCCGCGCAUCGACUGGCGGAGACACAACAUGCGGCUUGCUGUGCCAAACGAGCAGCUCGAAGGUGGCGAACAGCCGCUCAUUUCGCUUUCUAGCUUUGGUAUUGGAGGCACGAAUGGCCAUGUGGUUGUGCAAGGUCAUGCACAGGGCUUCCAAGAAGAGAGCGAAGCGCUCGCGGCAGCUCGGGACGAGAUUAUGGAGGAGCCAGUCUUGCUGAUAUUGGGUGCUCUCUCACCCAAGGCUUUUCACAAGAUCAUCGCGGGGCUCAAGGAGCAGCUGAGCGAAGCGAGCGCUGCCAGCACGCGAGACAUGCUGCCGUGGAAAGAUGUGAGCUCUCUGACGACAAGAUUAGCUCGGCAAGCGCGGCAAUGUACAUGGAGGGCGAGCAAAGUCGUACAGCUGGCGGAUCUUUGCUCAGGCGACUGGAAAGUGUCCAUGCCGGAGCCUGUUCUGGUGCCUCGAAUCCCUGCUCCUCUUGUUCUAGUCUUUUCAGGUCAGGGUCCUCAACAUUGGCGCAUGGGCUACGAUCUGUUCAGGCGAUUCAGGCAGUUCCGCGAAACUGCUUUCGAGCUCGACGAGGUGCACCGCUCAAUGACAGGCAUCUCCCUGAUUCACGAUGUCGGCCUUUUCGAUUCGCGGCAAAGCGCCAAGGCGGAGCAGCUUGCCGCACUCGAAUGGCCAGCCCGCCUAAUCUUCCCUUCCCUGACUCUCUUUCAAUGCGCACUCUUCGACACUCUGGUCGCCAUUUUGGGCAGACAGCCCGACGUUGUGGUCGGACACUCGGCAGGAGAAGCAGCUGUGCUGUACGCCUCUGGCUCCGCGACGCGGCAUCUGGCCAUGCAGGUUGCAGUGCUCAGAGGGCGCCACAUGUCCGCCGCAGAAACGCUCGGCGCUGGUAUGUUAGCGCUAGCUUGCGAUGAGAGGACUGCUUUGGGGCUCGUCGAAGCUGUAUCGGGUUCCCCCAAAGGCCAAAGCGAAAGCGUGGGACUCAGCGUCGCCGCCUACAACUCUGCCACAGCCGUAGCGCUCUCUGGGCCUCGGGUCGCGCUGGAACUUGUGGCGCAAGAGGCAGCAAGGCGAAGUAUUCGAACCAAUGUCCUGCGCACCAAAGUGCCUUCUCAUUCGUCCUGGAUGGAAAUCUGCAAAGACGAAUUCUUGGCUGAAGCUCGAGCUCUCUUUGCGAAUGAAGCUGCCUGUUUCCGGCGCCCGCAGAUCAAGACCUUCUCCUCCGUCACUGCUUCGCCGAUGCUGGACAGCUUUAGCGUAGAGUAUCUGUGGCAAAACAUUCGGCAGCCCGUUCAAUUCCACCAAGCCAUCUCCGCAAUCGGUCGGAUGCAUCCAGGCGCAACGUUCUUCGAGGUCAGCGCACAUCCAGUCCUGCUUCCCUACAUUGCAGAGUCUGCAGCAGGAUCUGCGACACUGGCAAGUGCGCGCCGGCCCGACAAGCAGGGCCGUUCCCUCGAGGUGAAGACAUUCAUGGACUCGAUCGGCAGACUUUGCACUCAGGGGCAUGGCAGCCUCCGAACCGAGCAUCUGACGUGGGGUAUUUCCGCCACCAGAGGCCGAGACGUGUUUCCGACCCUGCCCUACCCAUUCGAACGACAAGCCUUUCCGAUCUAUGCUGAACACGCUUCGCAGCGUCGCAAGCUGUUCCAGAGUCAGGGACCGCUCUGCCAUCCUCGCUUGCGGAUGAGCAGAACGACCCAUCCGCUGUUGGCGGAACACGUAGUCCAAGGAGAGCCAAUCGUUCCGGCAGCCGCGUUUCUCGAAAUGGCUUUGGAGUUCGGAGCGAACACGUUGUAUCGAUGCUCCUUUGCGUCCAUGCUCAGCAUUCCACGAGAUCGACCCGCCACGAUCGAAGUCAGCUUGGAUGGGGCCAGGUGGGCUGUUAGAACUCAGCGCCCCGCAUUAGGCCAUCGACUAGACGCUGGAUCCGAGUGGGACGCCCUGCAAGGUGGUCCAUUCAACGUCGUGCAUGCACAAGGUUUCCUAUCACGCGCGCCGCACACGUCGAGUGGAGGCGCUAUGGUAGAGAAGGUGGACCUGCAGGCUCUUCGCUCGACUCUUGAUGUCGGUGAUAUCAAGGCGCUAUAUGAGCGAGGAUGGAACCACACCAUGAGCUACGGUCCACGCUUCAGGCGCAUACAGGAGCUUUGGGUCGGCAAUGAUGAUGUUCUUGCGGUGAUUGGCGGUGCCGAGGACGAAGAGGUGAUGCAGGAUGGCUACGUCACGAGUCCAGCUGUGGUGGAUUGCGCCCUUCAUCCGCUCCUGCAUUUCGUCGUCGGCAAGAAUGGGCUGGCCAGUCCGCCUUCUGCUUAUUACCUUCCAUCAUCUGUUGAACGCGUGUUGCUGCAUCCUGCCUAUUCGGAGGGCCAGAGGGACAUGCGAUCGGAUGUCGCGAGUUGGUCGCAUUUGGUGAGCUGGCGUCUGGAUCACUUUAUUGCGGACCUUUGCAUUCUGGCUCUCGAUGGUACGCCUUUGAUCACCUUCGAAGGCCUCAAGUUGGCGCGUCAUAGCGCAGUUUCAGGAAGUCCGGAACAUGCUCAUGAAAUGGUAUGGAUGCCGCUAGCAUCUGCUCCAAAGCGAACAAAUACAGAGCGCAAGGAAGAGAUUGUGUUUCGCUUGCCUACAUCGACUCGGGGUCUGUCGGAGGAAGAAGCUGCCAUGCUGGAUAACAAGGCGCGCAGCGUUGGUCGGAGGAUUUUGGGGCGCAGAACGCCCGAUGAGCUGUUUAAACUUGGUGUCCGCGCCUCUGUCUUGUUGGAGGCGACUCAUACGGCCACCCUCACUCCGACGCUUGGAAUCACUCAGACACUCGAAGCGAAUCUCAGUAGUCGGUACUAUGUACACGCAGACGCACUCGAGCUUCUAGAACACUUCGUGGAUUCGCACGAAGAUGGCGAGCGAUCUUUCCAGACAUAUCUUUCUCAUCCCGUCAUACGUAGGCAUCUCGCGGCAGAAGCGGAAGAGGCCAGCGUAGAAGAUGUACAGCGCUGCCUAGAAGACCUGCUAGAUCAGUUUGAAGCUGCCGGGCGGCGCUCGAUCCGUAUUCUAGAGAUUGGCUGCAACAACGGAGAGCUGACGUUGCCGUUGUGCAAAUUGCUAACGAGACGUCAGCCAUCCUCUGCGUCCGUCGUCGCACUGACCAUUACAGACGAGUCUGCACAGCGCGCUUCUACAACCCAUUCCGCAACCACCUGGGAGCAUGCUGUCGCCUCGCCGUUUAACCCGUUCCUGCCAGUCUUUGAACAGCCACAGCUCGAGCCAGGAUCCUUUGACAUUGUGGUUGGCUUUGAACCUGCGGCUCUCAGCGGAGGAUCAAUGGAAAGCCGCUUGUUGGAACUUUCUGCGCUAAAAAACCUCCGGCUCUUGCUGGCUCCCGGAGGGCAUCUCGUCCUGCUGGCUCCCGAUCCAGCUCGGGGGGGCACCAUCAAGCCGAAUGCUCCGGGUAGCGUAUUUCGGGACGUGCUUUCCGCUGUCCUUUCUUGCCAGGCUCCGUCGCGCUCCCCGGACGGCGUUUCUCCGCUGCCGCUGGCGGGUCAGGGCGUGCCAAGCUUGCUCGAAGACGUCGAAGGCUACACGAAAUCCACUAUACUGGAUGCGCGCAUAGGAACUCCGUCUCGCAACACCCCGUAUCAGUUGCAUAUCGCACAAAAGUCAGACAUUCCCCAGUCUCUUGCGCAGGUGGACUCGUACGCCUACAGUAUGGGCGAGGAACUGGCGUUAAGGCGCAAGUUGGAAUCGCUCGAAACUUCCAGGACGUCGCCAUUAUGGAUUACUACCACCAACGUACUCGACUUUGGUGCAGCUAUCGGUAUCGCCAGGUGUCUGCGCGCCGAACGGCCCGAUAUCCACCUCUCAGUGACGCAGAUGCCGUCAGAGUGGACCGAACACGCUAGCAAGGAUGCUCUGCAGCGCCUCGCUGCGGAUGCAACCAGCGGCACCGAGGUUCAGCUCGAUGCGGACGGAGUAGCACACGUUCCGGCUCUCGUCGCUAAUCCGACACCCUUACCGGGAAGACUUCGCACUGCGUCGAUCGCGACGAGCACUGUGCGCUCACCCGCGGUCAAACCAGUGUGGAUGGACCGGCGUCUUACUCUUUUGCGCGACGACGGCCACGUUCCUGCUCACUACAGCGCGGCGUCGAGCCAUGAAGACCAUGUCGUCUUUGACGACUCCAUUGCGAAAAGCCGCGCAGUGAUCGGAAUAGCGUCUGUUGCUCGCACGAUGCAUGCGUGGACGGGUGGAUUGACACUGCCAAGUCAAGGACCCCGCGUUCUGCUACUCGACGAUGGAUCGCCGGAGGCUCUCGGUGCGAAGUGGGCUCUCCGGAUGGCAUGCGAUGAAAACCAAACACACGUGCGCGCGAUUCCCGCGCACGCUGACGAGGUGGCUCUAGUGUGGGAGAUCAGCAGCGAAGUGGACGGUGCAACCUUCGACAUAAUCCUUGCUGGGUCGAUGACCAGAGAGCUUAGCCAGAUUGCGGAAGAGGUUCUGCUUUCGAGAGGUGCAACCAUCUACCCCUGGAACGAGCGAGAUGCUGGCCUCGCUUUCGACCUUUUCGCCCGCUCGCCAAUGGUACACGCUACCCUCGCUGACUUUGUGGCUCGCCACGGGUGGCUACCGACAGGUACUCUGCCUGUUCCCUCGGGUGUCCUUGGCCACUUGGACGCUGGGCACCAACUCUCUGGGGAAGGCCUGUUCGAUGCCUCGAAAGCAUACGUCCUGAUUGGAGGAGUUGGCGGUCUCGGUGUUGAGCUGGCCGCUUGGAUGGUGAGGCAAGGGGCAAAGCACAUCCUCCUCACCUCGCGCUCUGGCCAUGAGUAUUUCCGCUCGACGGACGACGAGAACGUCCGCGCGAGGCGCACCCUCGGUGCCAUGCGCUCUGAACAAGGCACCCGCAUCGACGUCGUAGCCUCGGACGCAACGGACGAGACAGCAAUGCGUUCGGCAAUAUCUUCAAUCACCUCGGAAGGCAUAACCAUUGGCGGCGUCGUCGUCAUGCCAGUGGUCUUGAACGAUGCACUCUUUGAGUCUCAGACCUCAGAGUCUUUUCAAAACAUGUUCAAGAUUAAGUUGAGGCCGCUUUUGAACUUGGAAAAGAUCUGUGAUCUGGGAAAGGUAGAUUUCGUUGCCUUUUUCUCUUCGGUUGCUGCUCUAAUCGGCAAUCCGGGUCAGAGCAAUUACGUUGCUGCCAAUGUGGCUGGAGAGGCUUUUGUGCGCAGGCAUCGCUCAGCGUUUGCGAUUGCCGUUCCAGGCAUUUCGGACGUCGGAGUCCUUGCUCGUCACGUGGGAAAGAGCUCGAGACUAGCUGACUUGCUUAGCUUGAGCAUGACGGCCGAAGCCUUCUUUCAAAGCUUUGGCGACGCUGUCAAACGCUCCAGGAAGCGCAACGUCGAUUUGUACAUUCCCGACAUCGCUUGGCCAGCGACGCGCUCUGCUUUGGCCAAGUCUGGAUCACGCCUACCUCUUCGGUGUCGCGCAAUCAUGGGUCGUGACGCGAUCGCAGGCACUUCGGAUCUGCAUGGGAAUGGGGAUGGCAAGAGUAGAUUAGACAUUGCACCGCUGAUAGCAGACGCUCUAGGUAGCGACGAGGAAAUAGAUCCCUCGCUGCCCUUUGCGGCCUAUGGUCUUGAUUCCUUGGCUGCGACGCGGCUUUCUUCUGCCAUCAAGGCAAACACGGGCGUCCAGGUCUCACAAAUACAACUACUUGGAGGUCUUUCGAUAGAGGGCCUCGUCGAGAUGCUGGAAAGCUUGCAGGCUGCGAAAAUUGCCGCGGCAGGAGCUCCAGACGUGGACGGGGUCGGACAUGAAGCAAGAGGAGUUGACGUCACUACCGAAACUCGCGUCGAGGAGCUGCAAGGCGCGGGCUCGAACAGCCUCAACGCACUUGUGAAGCUUCGAGAUGGGGAAGGAUCUCCAAUCGUUCUCCUCCAUGAUGGAGGCGGAGGUGUUCAACUGUUUCACCGUCUGCCUUUGGACCUUCAGGCGCCUCUUUGGGCAAUACAAGUCACCGAAGAGGUUCCUUACGACGAGGAUCUGCUCGAAGUCGCACGAUGCUACAUCUCACUGCUGGAUGCCGAUCAUGAAUUGUCCUUUCACCAAGCUCCAUGGCGCAUCGCUGGCUUCUCCGCCUCUUCAGCAAUCGCGCUCUGCAUGGCCCGACUUUUGGAAGCACGAGGCUCACCUCUGGGACAACUCGCUCUGAUAGAUAAUUCGCCGACGCUGCUUGCGUGUCCUCAUCUCGUCAUGUCGACAACGCAAGCAAGCAUGAAACGAGAGGAACAUGUUGUUCGUGCACUCGAAACCGUGGCGAGGUGCAGCGAGCUCGACCCCGGUGCGGACGGCAGCGGCAAAAAGUUUGCCUCUGCUCUCUGGGCGCUAGCAGCGCGCCGUCGACAACAGUGGACAUCACCUGCGACGACGCCGACCUCGCAAGCCCCUUCCGUUGCCCCUGCCAGCGUGAAUAUCGAUCUAAAGGAUGACGCGUUUCUAAACACCUUUUGCCAGCGACUCGCUCAAAGUUCGGAAAUGGUGUACAAGGCUGCGGCGCGCUUUGCUACAAAUAGGGAUGCUUCCUCAGCCCUUCAGGAAGCAGUGGACGACCAGCCGAUCGACUUUGCGCCCUUGUUCAAGUGGCUGGGUCAGAUCAGUACACCGGUCGUGCUAUUUGUCGCAGAAAGAGGUCUGCUUCGAGGCCAGGGACCAGCAUUCGACCCGUUCGAGGAGGAGUAUGCAGACUUUGGCAUCAGCAAGCAUCUCGGCCUCUCUCCACACAUCGUCUACGUAGAAGGAACGGGUCACUACGACAUUCUCUCCUCUUCUAAGCUUGCGCUGCAGCUCUCGAACGGUGCCAUCGCUCCGGGCGCAUAGCAAUCAUGCCCCAAUGUCUGCAGCCCCGCUUUGCUUUGAUGAUGUAUCGUGUAUUCGCUAAUUGUCCUGACAGCUGUGCAGCAUGUAUUUUCGGGAUCGCACUGGCCCAAGUUUUUCGAUCCGACCCGCAUAUAUACCUUUCCCGCUUGCCAAUGCAUGAG